AUGGCUUGGAGUGAGGAUGACAUGGCUACGUCCAACGCUGCCGUCCCGUUGCCGACGUUAUCGUGCACGGCUGAAAGCGUAAAAGUCCUUGUGACUUUAUUAAGUUGUUUGACACAUAAUAAACGUGACCAACGCGUGCGUUGUGACGUGGAUGGACGUGGUCUGCUCUUUACAGCGCAUUCAAAAGGAAAAUCUCUGCAGCUGAAAACUUCUAUCGGUCGGGAGCUCUUUGAGCGCUACAAAUUUACUUCGACUCAAGGUAUUGAACAGGAACAAGAAGAUAAUGAAGCAGACGAUGAUGUGCAAUUAAGUUUCGCACUUAACGUGAACCUCCUGAUCGAGUGUCUGUCCAUGUUUGGCCCCUCUGCUCUCGCUACGACGUCACUUCAAAUGACAUACGAACCCGAGAGUGCUAGUCUAUUGCUGAUCGUAGAAGACAACGGUGUCAUGUGCGAGUGCUCGAUGCAAGUUUUGGAGCAUGAAGGGGGAGAUUUGGGUCAAUUGGAGUUUGAGAGUGCUUUUGAGCAGUCAGUAGUGGUGGCACGCUGUAUUAUGCAGUCGGAACCACUUCGAGACGCCUUCUCGGAGCUCUACGAUUUACCCAGCGCUGCGAGUGUCACCAUUGCCAUGGCUGAUGUAGAUAGCAGAAGUCCUCAAGAUCGGUCCAAAGCCAAGUGUCUUAGCUUGAGCGCGACUUCAGAGACUGGAUCGUGUGAGAUUAGCUUUGCACCCACGUCGUCUGCGUUCAUCGAGUUUUCGUGUGCUCCGGCCACCGAAGGUGAUUGCACGGGGAGCUGUGCGGCAACUUUUCACGUUGCAGUGUUGCAGCAAGCGUUCAAAGCGCUUGCACACUCCAACGAGACGUUUCUUCGAAUAAAUGGUGAUGGCUUCCUGUCGAUUCAGCAUAUGGUUGAAAGCGGUACAGGUGACAAGGCUUUCGUCGAUGCCUUGAUCAGCCCCGAGGAUACGUCCAUUUCGUAG